AGAACGAUGGGUUUCACUUCUUCCUCAAGUAUUCGACCUUUUACUCAACAAAUUAGACCGUAUUGUUGAUGAUACAAGUAUCGAGAAGCUCCUAGUCUGGUUAGAAGAUGUUUGCAGUACUCCAAAGGGAUUACAAAUGCUUCUCAAACAAGAAACGGGUGUUUUAAAUUUUCUUUCAGAUGAAAAACUAGUGGACAAGAGACCAUGUUGUGUUGGCGUUUCGUUUGCUUUACGUCUUUGUGGGAUUCUUUGGUCGAAAGAUUAUAACGUCAAUGAUACUUCAACAUUCUUUGAGUUAUUUGCAAAAUCCCGAGAAAACGAGAAUCUCUGGGAUGAAGCAAUCGUACGCCAUGGAUAUUUGACUGGUUUACAGAGUUUGACGUCGUCAAAUGAGGGACAGAAAUGGCUGCAAGCACACACAGGAUGUUUGUUAACUGCUGUUGGUUGUAUCAGUGAUAGUAGCAUGUUUGUCGCAUCAGCAGCAAGAGAAUUCAUUGCAAAGUUCCUUUUAUCAAGCUGGUCAAUUAACGUUUCCAAGCAGGAUGAUGGAUAUUCAAAUGAAAUGAAAUGGCUGCUAGAGCUUCUACAGGAAAAACUCUUCCAUGAUAAACAACAACCAAAUAACUCCCAACAUCAAAAAAUGACCAGUGACCAUAUAGUAUCAGUGUUGGAUAUCGUGAGAAUUUUAUUGAACACAAACUUUGAAGUUGGACAAGAAAUCCUUCGUAUGUCGAAAGUAUUUGCAAACUGUGUUACAGCAGCAGAAAUCGCUGACCAGAUUGCCUGUAGAAAACUAGUGGAUGUUAUAAACGGAUUCCAAAUAAAUCCAAGUGCACAGUGUACCGUGGACUGGGAUAAGCUGUUGUCUUGUGAUAGAUUUGGUCCCUCUGGAGAGAAGCAAGGGCAGUCUGCCCAGGAAAUACUACUUACUAUUCCAAUAAAAUGGUACAAGAAAGGAAUGAUAACACUUGCUCUGGACUUGAUUACUGGACUGUCAUUACCAAAAGACACUGUUUCCAGGUGCUUCCCAGCAGUCUGGCCAGAAAUCCUGGCUUGUUUAAUCAAUGCACCAAUGGAAGUUCUCAUGGAAAAACAUCUGGAAACUAAAUGCAAUGGCUCUUGUGAAACAAAUACAUCAGACAUUGGUUCAUUAGUAACAGAGUUGUUAUCCCUUGAAAAUGAGGAUGUUGACACUAAUAUCAAGAGAGUCAAAAAACAAAUCCAGGAACUUCUAGAACCUUGGAUGUUGACCAAGAAGUGUCAGGUUGAGUCCCUUCUUCAAAUUCUGUUCACCAUCAAAGAACUAGUAACCAAGGAUGAGAGUAGUUUCAGUCAACAUGUGGUCAACUGGAUUGAAUUCUCACUAAAGAUUCUAGUCAACUCUUCCAUGGUUACCAAUGGUGAUCAGAAGCUAUUGGCUUUAGAUGUGAAAGGCAAUGUCAAAGUUAUCAAAACCACCCUCUCAGUGGUCACUGUUCUUUUACAGCAGCUACUUCGACAGCCAAGCUUGACAGAUUCUAACAGAAACCAGUUUUUCCAUGUCUUGAAUACUGCUAUCCUUGUUGCAAGGUCUUCUCGAACUGAUCCUACGGUCAUAACAAGCACUCUAGAGUGUAUUGGUGCUCUUCUGGGCCAGGGUUCAUUUCUUUUCAUGUCAUCUACCAAUAAAGACCUCGGGUCUGAUGCCCAUCUAUACUAUCAACGGACUAAGCAAGAUCUUGGCUCCUUGAUACACCUACGGCUUCGUGAUCAGCGGUGGGAGGUUAAAGACUCCGCUUUGGAGUUCGUUGGACGUUUAAUCAAAUUAAACUCAGCAUUGUCAUAUGAUAUAUUAAACCCAAGUAUUUUAUCAUUGGUGUGGGAAUCAGUGGAUGACAGCGAGAGUUACGUAAGGUCGUCAGCUUGGUCUUGUCUUGGACAUCUUGCAUGUAAUCCUGGUUUGUGGGCAAAAUUGAAGGAAAAGGAACGUCUUACAGAGUUUGAAGUUCUAAAAAAGAUCGUGCAUGUUCUGGAGAAUGAAAGCGAGGCGUUCCCGAGACGAAGCGUGAUGGACUGUCUAAUCAAGUGGUCACAUGACCAACAUCCCAUCGUAUCUGUAAUAUUACCAGACAAAAUGAAGUUAUCUUCGUCUACUGGACUGGACAAACUAAAGAAUACCGACUCUGAAAUUAGAUCUUUAUUUUCUGAUAUCAUUAGAUAUGCGGUCAAAGAUUUCGACUGGGAAGUUAAAAUUCGUGCACUCCAACUCGUAGAAACUAUAAUUCAGAUUUUUGCGCAAGUCAGAGAGAGUCGUAAUGAGUCGAGACAUUCACAACAGUGCCAAUUAAAGACUCUUGAAAGAACCUCCUCAGAUAACGACGGUUCAAUUAACAACCUAAUGGCGCUUUUGGUUGGUUUGGGAGCUGCAGUGCCUCUUCUAGAGGCAGUCAACGACUGCGAUAGUUUGGUUUGCGAAAAGGCCUUGGAGGUUAUUUCCACCUUGAAAGGUUUCGUGCAUUCGGAGAUAACGCAUACACAUCUCUCGGGAUCAAGUAAAACGGGAAUCGAAUUCCAACCUUAUGGAAAGGAAAACCUGUAUGGUAGAUUGGAUGAGCAACCGAACGAAUCCAAAGAAAAUAAUCAGCUUAUAGUAAUUUCAGAAGAGGAUCAACCAGUAGUAACACCAGAGCAGGAUCAGCCAAUAGUAACACCAGAGCAGGAUCAGCCAAUAGUAACACCAGAGCAGGUACAGCCAAUAGUAACACCAGAGCAGGUACAGCCAAUAGUAACAUCAGAACAGGAUCAGCCAAUAGUAACACCAGAGCAGGUCCAGCCAAUAGAAACACAAGAGCAGGUACAAGGCGUCAUAGAUACAUCAAAAGUGUUCUCUGUAGAUACAUUUAAAGUUAUUUUAUAUCGUUUAGAUGUCAGUUGUCUUUCUACCUUAUGUACUUCUAUCGAUAUCAGCGUUCAGAAAGACCCAGUAGGUUUUCUUGAAGAUGUAUUGGUAGCAGCUAGAAAUCAUUCCGAUAACUUGUUAGAUUGUUAUUGAUAAUUGUUUCCAAGUUAAAUAAAAAGA